AUGGCGGCUUCGAGUUCACAUGGAGACGAUGGUACGAUAAGGCAAUACACAAAGUAUGAUAACACCAUUGAACAAGGCGUAUCAAAAGUGGUUUACAAGGGGUUAGACAGGGUUAAUAACAGAGUUAUUUCUUGGAUUAAGAAGAAUAUAACAGAGCAAAAUUAUGAUGGUUUGAUGGAUGAAGCUCAAGAUUUGAUGGAUUCUGACCAUCCUAGUAUACUCAAAUGCUACGAUUCUUGGGUUGAUCCAAACUCGAACACGGUUGACAUGAUUACUGAGUUAUAUUCUUGUAAUUUGAGAGAUUUUAUAAAAAAUAAUCGCUUAAUUUUAGAUACUACUGCAUUGCCAACUAUCAAGAGUUGGUGUCGACAGAUUCUUGAAGGGUUACAUUAUCUUCACCAACGAAAUCCGGCGAUUAUUCUACAUAGUAUCAGGUGUGAAAACAUUGUUGUUGGAGAAACAGGUUUAGUAAAGAUAGGAGAUCUGUGUGAAGCCGCGUCUAUGGGUUGGGAAACACCACUUACUCCUGAUGCUAGUGCUGAUCUUUUUCAUAUUUCGCGGUCUGAGAUAUACUAUUUUGGGAUGACCGUGUUGCAGAUGGUGACUAAGGAAGAUGUAGAGAGGAGACUGGUUGAUUCGCGUGUAAUGCCUGCUGAACUAAAAAGAGUGAAAGAUCAGCAGCUUAAGAAGUUCAUUCGGAGGUGUCUGAUUCCUACAAGUGUUGUGACUACUGUAACUGAUCUCUUGAAUGAUCCGUUUCUUGCACCGAGUGAUCCAAUUGUGAGUGUUCCUGUGGAUGAUGAGAGGGAUGUAUUGCUGCUGCCGUCUGCUAGGGAAAUCGACAGAGAGCGUGAGAGUUUCACGUUAGGAGGACAAUUGAUGGGACGACAAAUGAGGGGCGGUGGUGAAGUGAUACUCGGGUUCGUUACGGUAAAGAAUUUCAGGGAAACAUUUAUGUAUACAGUCAAUCAUGAUACAGUUCAGGGAGUCGUGGAGGGUUUAAGACAACCACUUGAACUGUCUGAUGUAGAGGCCGCAUCGAUUUCUGAGAGUAUAGAGCAACUGAUAGCAAAACUUGUGGCUGAAUAUGAUAGCAAUGAGGGCAGUAACAGUAACAUUGUUUUAAUCUUUGACAGUGUUUCAUCUCUUCGGAUUUCAUCUACUGAGAGAUCUGUUGUGUAUCAUCAGACAGGUGCCCCCCCAAUCAUAAUGCCACACAACCAAGACGCGCAACAGGAUCAGCAGCAGCAACAACAACAGAAUCAGCAUGGAGUGCCUGACGACAAUAAUGUAGCUGCAUCUGAUGAAGAGGUCCAACAGAACCAAGAUGCGCAGCAGGAUCAGCAACAGCAGCAGCAGCAUGGAAUGCCUGUGUUUCCUGACAUCGAUGCAUCUGAUGAUGUUGAAGAGGGAAUGCCUGUCUUGCCUGACAUCAAUACGUCUGCUGAUGAAGAGGGAAUGUCUGUCUUGCCUAACAUCGACACAUCUGAUGAUGAAGAAGCCCGACUGACAGCUAAUGCAAUGGGUCUGGCAAAUCAGGAAACACUUGCAAGGUGA